CGGUGCCCGCAGUCUUGCCAGACGACUCGGUGCCCGCAGUCUUGCCAGACGACUCGGUGCCCACUGUCGUGCCUGGUGACUCGGUGCCCGCCGCUUCGCCUGGGGGUCCGGCGCCCGCCGCUCCGCCUGAGGGCCCGAGACCUGCCGCUCCAUCUAGGGGUCCGGCGCCCGCCGCUCCGCCCGAGGGCCCGACGCCCGUCGCCCCGCCCGGGGGCCCGACGCCCGCCGCCCCCGCCCGGGGGCCCGACGCCCGCCGCCCCGCCCGGGGGCCCGACGCCCGCCGCCCCGCCCGGGGGCCCGACGCCCGCCGCCCCGCCCGGGGGCCCGACGCCCGCCGCCCCGCCCGGGGGCCCGACGCCCGCCGCCCCGCCCGGGGGCCCGACGCCCGCCGCCCCGCCCGGGGGCCCGGUGCCUGCCUCUUCGCCUGGUAAUCCGAUGGGCCUCUGCCGGGAGUCCAGCCCGAUGGGCCUCUGCCGGGAGUCCAGCCCGGCCGCUCCUUGAGGGGG